UCCUAAAUCUAACAUGGUGGCUGUGAAAUCAGCAAGAAAAACUGAAAAACUUAAAGUUUGAAGAUAAAUCAUAGUAAAGUGUGGGGGUAAAAUGGGCGAUCGUGAUAUAUUUAUGUCCACAGAAAGUGUUUGGACCCAGCUGCCGUUUCAAAUCCUAAUUGACAUCUUUAAGAACCUGAGCAACCGGGACAAGUUUAAUGCGGCCAUGACGUGUAAAGCGUGGGUUCCAAUCUUAGACGUACCUGCCUUGUUUACCACUGGACAUUUUCUGUUCCCGUUGGAUGACGACAAGAGGGCGCUGUUGUUUGCAAGGACACGAGGAAAAUGGCUACGUCACGUCUACGCUGAUUGUUCACAGAAACUCGAUGACACACCACAAAGUGGCCCCAGUACACCCCCGGGGACAGAGGUUGUGAACGAGUUUGUGGCCAGUCUGCUUCAGGGUAGAUGCAUCAAACUUAGAACGAUCUCCCUGAAAAAUAUCGCGUACCCCAAGCACUACUAUGACAGGGUUGAUUACCCCACCAGGCCCGAGCCAGACCUGGUCAACCUCAUAAUCUCCCUCCUGGGAGAGCAACAGGAGUUACAGGAACUGGAUCUGACCAAUGCCUGGCUACGCUAUGAUGAAGGCUGCCAUCUCUUGGAAGAGGCCAGCUCAACCUGCGCGAGAACUCUCCGCAAACUUGCCGUGGAUAGGUUUGUGGCAGUAAUCUACAGCAACUCGGAUUUAAGUGAAUUUUAUUCCGCUCUCUUUUCGUUUAAAAAUUUGACGGAGCUUGAACUCGGCUAUAUCUGUCUGAGUUGCGAGUUCUUGUAUGAUCUCAGUAGGGCGUCAAUCGGCGGCCUGCCACUGCGAGUGUUAAAGGUUCGGGCCACAUACACAGCUAAUGUCGUGAGCAUGACCUCGUCAGGGGCAUGGAAGCAGAUCACAGCCCACAUCCCAGAUCUAAAAGUGAUUUUUUUUAUCAAAUCUAAAAGUCGCUCCGAGGAGUCAUACAAAGACACCAUACCCAUGAUUGUUUUGACGCGAUCGAUGCCCCUGCACGCGUUACACUGGGAUUCGGGACUCCUUGUCGCUGUCAAGAACAUAAUCAAAUGCUUCGAAUACAUCGCCAGUAACUUUAAGACCACGCUCCAUCACCUCGAACUGACAUCAGAAGUUCGCCUAGACAAAGAAGCUAUUGGAGAACUUUUCCAAAAAUUACAGGCGAGUGAGAGGCUCAAGUCGUUUGCUCUAGACUUGCCCUGUGAUUUAAAGACCGACCAACAGGAAUACAAAAAUGCUAUCUCAGAGGCCGUAGAGAACCACAGAGCAACAUAUGCGGUUACCUUAAACGGUCAGAAAUUAUCUGGAGCGAGGUAAACUGUCAUUCGAUUGCAGUCACAGUUUUGAGGUUUUAGGAGGCAUUGACGCAUUCAAAGAGACAUCAGCAUGUAAAUAAUAAAUACGGAUAGUAAAAAUACCUUAAACAAAAUAAA